AUGUCAAGCUAUAAACAUAAGUCUGGAGCUUUGAAAAGAAAGCUCCAGAAAGAAAAAUUAGAACAAUCUGCUAAAGGUCGCCAGGAUAUUAAGAAGUUUUUUAAGAGUAAUGAAAAAGAAGAGUUGCAAGAAUUUCAACCGGAUUUCAAUCCAGAACCUACAUCAGCCUCACAGACCCAACCUUCUUCAGCUUCAAUCCAAAAUGCUUCUACGUCUACUGUAUGUGAGGGAAGUAAUGACGAAUGUGCUAGUGCUGAUCCAAAUCUUAGUAAGGAUACUGUCGAUGACAAUAAAACUUUUAAUUUUGACGAUCCUAAUACGUGGCCUGCGGUGAUGAGUGAUAAAAUACGGCAGGAAAUAGUAUUGUGCUACGGUGGUUUUCAAGCUUUUCAGGCCAGAUCAAAAUCAUUUCCAGCUGACCCCUCAGGAAAACAUUUCCAUGAAACAUUGUUGUACAUGAAAACAGACAACAGAACAUGUAAAGCAAUUCCACGUGAAUGGUUAAUGUGGAGUGAAACAAAAAACAGCAUUCAUUGUUUACCCUGUAGCAUUUUCCAUUCAAACCAAAACAAAAGUAAACUUGCAAAAGAAGGUUUUUUCCCUGAAAAACAACAAUACAAACGAUUAUACAGGUUAUUUUCGAUGCAUGAAAGAAGCUCUGAGCACAGAAAACACUACCUAGAAUGGAAAAGUCUUCAGAUAUCAUUGAAAGGACAUGGUGUCGACAGCAAUCUGCAACAGAUUAUUAACUGUGAAGCAACAAGAUGGAAAGCUAUUCUUCAACGAAUUUUGGACACAACAAUAUUCUUGAGUAGUAGAGGUUUAGCUUUCCAAGGGGAAAAUACCCAGAUCGGUGAUGUUCACAAUGGAAACUUUUUAGGAGUAUUGGAAUUAAUAGGAAAAUAUGACGAAGUAACUCGUGAACAUUUAGCCAAAGUAAAAGAAAACCAGUUGAAUAAAAAAAGUUUCCGUCAAGUAUUUUGCUUUCCAAAAAAUAUUUUGAGAACCGCUGAUUUAGACAAACAUAAAAAAUUCAUAUGGUACGGAACUGAAUACAGGAUUUGUAGAAUCGCACAUCCGAUGGAUAAUCAUAAACCUAAUUUUGAGUGCGACGUAUGUGUAGAAAGUUGUGAUAAGAAUCCAUCACAUUAUUAUUUCACAGAAAAAACAGUGAGCUACACUGUAGAAACUUUUCUAUCACAUUAUAACCAAUCGUUGAUACUGCCUGCCAUAUGA